UCUGCAGCCCGACGUUUCUUUUUACAGCUCCCUUGGUGCUCGCUCCUCCCUUGUCACACUGCCUGCAGCCGGAUCAAAUUACUUGGGCUGUGACAAGGAGGAGAGAGCAUUAGUAGCAGCUGUGGAGCUGAUUGGCCAGCACUGAUACUGCCCGCCUCCUUCAGUUCCCUGAUUUCAGCGUAGGGAAAAGGAAAACCAAAGAAGGAGCUGCUUAUUAACCCUUAAACACUGCAGUCUGCUCACCACCCUCUCACCCACACGCUCCAGAAGUGGGAGAAACACACACAGCAGCGUUUGAUGGUUACACCGGCUCCUGACACAGCAAUAGCCAGGGCUACAACGGGGCAUCUCAGCGCUUGGUGCUGUAGAGAAAACUACCACGGCGAGUGUAUACGCAAGGGCACCUUUUUACACACCCCUUAAUUAUCUGUGCCCUGGGGCACUGAAACAUUGCAGCUUCAUCCAGCAACAGGGCUCUGGAAUACGAAGAUGGGGAAGCAGAACAGCAAGCUGCGCCCUGAGUUGCUGCAGGAUCUGCGCGAGAACACAGAAUUUUCAGAUCAUGAGUUGCAAGAAUGGUAUAAAGGCUUCUUGAAGGACUGUCCAUCCGGCAUUCUAAAUGUGGAGGAAUUUAAAAAAAUUUAUGCCAACUUCUUUCCAUAUGGAGAUGCUUCCAAAUUUGCAGAGCACGUCUUCCGCACCUUCGACACCAAUGGGGAUGGAACCAUCGAUUUUCGGGAGUUUAUUAUCGCCCUAAGUGUUACAUCUCGGGGAAAGCUGGAACAGAAACUCAAGUGGGCGUUCAGUAUGUAUGACCUGGAUGGCAAUGGCUAUAUCAGCCGGGAGGAAAUGCUGGAGAUUGUGCAGGCAAUAUAUAAGAUGGUUUCCUCAGUAAUGAAGAUGCCAGAAGACGAGUCUACUCCAGAGAAACGCACAGAGAAAAUCUUCCAACAGAUGGACACAAAUAACGAUGGCAAGCUCUCUUUAGAGGAAUUUAUUAAAGGUGCCAAGAGUGACCCAUCCAUUGUGCGUUUACUGCAGUGUGACCCUAGUACAGCUUCUCAAUUUUAACACAUCAUCAUGAGAAAAAUCGAACUUCUUCCUGCACAUGCGCCAAGGAGUGAUCCUCUCCCUCUGCACAGCUGAUUGUCCCAGAGUUCUCCUGGGCAUUAGAUGGACUUGAAUGCACUGCCAACCUGUGAAUCCUUUUCCCUUUAUUUAUUUAUUUAAAUCUAAUUUUAUAUAUGCUGUUAAGUAACAAAGGGUGCAUGGGACAAAUGAGCACUCAGGAAUUGGGAAAAUGCUAAUGAAUGGGAACCCUCAAAUGUAUUUAAAAGAAAAAAAAAAUAUAUAUAUAUAUGUGCUGCCAUUUAGAAGGAAGUGGGAAGCAGCAUUCUUUUUGUCCUCAGCUCAGUGGAGCAGGUGGCAGUUUAACUGAGACCUAGUUUGGAAGCACUAACAGGAAAUAACUAUGCACAUUCCAUUUAGCAUAUUCAUUAGGGACAUCGUUAAAAGGGGUUCUUAGCAUAAAAUAUCUAGUUUUGCACUGUUCUCAAUCAAUUCAGCCUUUCUCAUUCCAAGGAGAGAAGUGGUUUGAAUGGAGGCUAUAUGAGAAAUAUUCUGAUCUUGCCUCAUCCCACUAAUUACAGCACAAGCUGUUAAUGCUCAAUUAGAAGAUGAAAAAGCUGCCUGGGAAUUUAGUGUAGUUAACCCUCCAUUCUGAGGAAUGUCUUUUAGGUAUAGACUGUUCUAUAUAUAUAUAUACAUAUACAUGUAUAUAUGUUCUACAUAUAUACAUGUAUACAAUUUACCAGGGUGGACAAAUUGCAUUCUGUGUUCUCCCUUCUGUACUUUUUGGAUUUGAGUAUUCCCAGGUGGGACGUUGGGAGAGACACAGCAUAAACAAGUACUUGUUUUAAGUUUUGUAUUUAUAAGUUUAUUAACCACUGUGAAUUUUCAUUUAGUAUAUACAUAUGCCUGAAUGAAAUUCUGUAUUUGGCAAAUACAGUGAUGCAGUUCUAAUUUCAUGGUAUGUGCAGUAAUUGAUUGCAUGGUUAAUGUGUCUGCAUGGGCAUCAAAUUGGCCUCUAGCCCUGCUAAUACUUUUUUGGGGGCCUAAUCUGCUGUACUAUUUCUGUGCAAACUAUAAUCUUAAAUGGACCCAGCCUAUAUGAGCAGUAGAGUUAUGAUACAGGUCAAAGACUUCAUUAGAGUUUAGAGGAGUUAUAAUUGAAUACUCUGUAUGUAUUGACAGCCUGUACUGAAUGUUCUUCUGUAUUAUGCUACUGCAUAAUAUAUAUUGCAGUAUCACUCUUUGAAACAAUCACAGCAGUGAAUUUAGCACUACGCUAUAUGAUUUUCUAACAGAAAUAAAGUCUUGCAAGAG